AAGUGCUGCCAGGAGGGGGCCCUGCGUGUCCUUAGUAGGAAGCAGCUGCCGCGUGCAGGAUCGGCGGGGCUGCUCUGUCCUGCAGCCUCACCGGCUCCUCUUCCAUUAACAUCACCAGGAGGGGCAGCAAAUGGACUUCCAGUUAAAAGUGUUGGUGAUGCAUUUAAUGGCCGGUGAAUGGGGGCAAGCUGCCAACACGCACGUGGCUGGGAAGGGCAGGUAAGCAGGACAAUGGCUGAGAAUCCAUCGGAGCGUCCAUCUGGGGGCAUCACCCCUAUGCAGCAGAUGCUGGCAUCUGGGACUGGGGCCCUCUUUACAUCUCUCUUUGUAACCCCUCUGGAUGUGGUGAAGAUCCGACUGCAGGCACAGAGGACACCAUUCUCAAAAGUGUUGUCAGUACAGUCUAUGCCCUGGAGUAUUCACCAGCCCAAAUGGAAAUGCUUCCUUUACUGCAACGGCCUCAUGGAUCACCUGUAUGUGUGUGAGAAUGGAAACAGCUGUUCGGCUUGGUACAAGACCCCCGCCCGUUUCACAGGAACUUUGGACGCUUUUGUGAAGAUCGUACGCUACGAGGGCAUCCGAUCCUUAUGGAGCGGCCUGCCACCCACACUAGUGAUGGCUGUCCCCGCCACGGUGAUCUACUUCACUGGUUAUGAUCAGCUGCGUGACUUCUUGUGUGCCAAGGUGGACAGCCAGGGGCGCUACAUCCCACUUGUGGCUGGAGCUUUCGCUAGGUUGGGUGCCGUAACGGUGAUCAGCCCCUUGGAACUCAUCCGGACGAAGAUGCAGUCCCGCCAGCUGAGCUACCGGGAGCUGCGUGUCUGCAUUCAGUCUGCCGUGGCCCAGGACGGCUGGCUCUCCCUCUGGAGGGGCUGGGGGCCCACAGUGUUACGGGAUGUUCCCUUCUCUGCUCUGUACUGGUACAACUAUGAACUGGUGAAAGACUGGCUAUGCAGCCGAUUCCAUCUCAAGGAAGCCACCUUCAUGGUCAGCUUUGCAGCUGGUGGCAUUUCUGGCAUGGUGGCUGCAGUCCUGACACUGCCUUUUGAUGUGGUCAAAACCCAGCGGCAGAUUGAGCUGGGGAACAUGGAGACCCUCCAAGUUACUGCUUCCAAAUCCUCCACCUGGCUGCUUAUGAGAAGGAUACAGGCAGAAUCUGGCACCCGGGGACUCUUUGCAGGUUUCCUGCCACGUGUCAUCAAGGUGGCCCCGGCCUGUGCCAUCAUGAUCAGCACAUACGAAUUUGGCAAAACCUUUUUCCAAAAGAUGAACCAGGAACGACAGCUCAGCAGCUUGUGAGCUCUGGGAUGAAGUUUCCAACAGCAUCCUUGCAGUGGACCAAUACCAUGUGGGUGUGGGGGGGUCCAACAAGUGGCCAGCAAAGUUUGUGAAUAAGACUGCUGCUUAUUUUUAGCCAAGAUUGAGAAGACCAGACCCAGGAAAUAUUGUUUUCACUUUCCUUUGCUAUUAUUAGUUUCUGUGCUCUUUCCCUGGGUGACUCUUUCAGGGAUUGUCUAACUUUCUUAGCUGGUCCCUUCACCAUAGAAUCAUGUGGUCAAGUCGAGUGGUUCCAACGCUGUACCUUUUCUGGCCUUUCUUGUAUCCUGCCGAAGAAGAGGCGCUCUGCCCACGAGAAACCAAUUCAGUCUGACUUGCAGCGGAGCCUCUAACGGAACGUGGUGUUCUUGGCUAGCUUUGAGUGGCAGGUGGAAGGAAAAGGGAGAACUAGGAUGGAUAGCCUUGGCAUUUCAAAACAAGAGCACACAUAAUCCCUUUUUUGUGGGCCUUUGGAGAAACUUCAAGCUGUAGACCAAGGGACGUCUCUAUCUUGGCCUUAAUUUCUUUCUCUCAUUUUUUUUUACUUGCAUGCCUGCUGUGUUCCCAUGUAACAUGUUCAACACACAAAUGGCACACUGACUCACAGUGCAGCCCCACAGUGGACUUUUGGGGACUGUAGAUAGAAACACUGGUUUGAAUACUCAGGGCUGAAUAUCCGCUGUUCUUUUCAUCCUGUUCUUUCUACCACAGUCAUUUGCCCCAGGGACAGCUUGACUUCUUCAUGCCUUAAGUUAUCAGCAUGGGCACAAAGCCAUUAAAACUCUGCUCUUUCCCCUCCCAAACACAGCCUCACCCCCAUUUUCUAUAUCUAAGCAGAAGUAGAGUCUUAAGCUGCCCCACGUUUCUAGGAGACUUCAAGUAGCACCUUUACCCGGCCAUCCGUGUGUCCAUUUUCUUGUUAAUUUAUGUGCCUGCUGCAUAGUUCUCAUGGAGAAAGACAUCCUGAACCUCAUAUUUCUGAAAUAAAAUUAAUUUUUAAAAAGCUAUGUGAAAUUUAAAAGCAACAGGAGCCAGAUGUACUGAUAGAUUUGUGUUCUGCUUGCUCAGGGCAUGAAAGAAACAUUUCUAGACAUUU